AUUUCCUGUAGCCACAGCCUAUGGCAGCAGACCAAUGGAAAGCCGCCUUUCUGGCUGUGUGCCUGAGAAGUGACUUCCAGCCCUUGACAGAGCUGCUGGCAAAGGAUGACAGGAGCAUUGGCAUCAAUGAAGCCAGCAUUGACUGGGAAGGAGUUUUCCUCACACCUCUGUUUGUGGCAUCAUUGCUGCGGCUGGAGGAUCAAUUGCCACAGCUUGUGGCAGCUGGGGCUGAUCCCAAUGCUCAAUGCUUCUACGAAGGAUUGCUCUGCUCACCGUUGCACGCGGCAGCGCUACACUGCGACACGGCGGUGCUCACUGCGUUGAUCGAGGCUAAAGCCGACAUCAACGCCAAAGCAGAGGCAUCAGCAGUGGAGGGUGAGGAGGACCUUGCUCACGGUUUGUCGGAUUGUCAUGCCCUACACGUGUUGAUCAUCAGAGACGUUUUCUGUGAAGAGGCAUAUCGCUUGCUAAUGCGCAGCGGCCUCCGGCUGAGCGCUCCCUGUCGCAGCAAAGACGGCGAGGAAAUCUCAGGUCUUUUGCUACCCAGGCUGCUGAGCAACACCAGGGCCACAGAGGAACGCUUGGACAAAUUGCUGGGAGACGAGGUGCAGCUGAUCAUUCGUUCCCCUGGCCUUGCCUAUGCCCUGAAUGAUUUCUUGGAAGUCAUCUCGCAUCUCCGGAGAGAGUACAAUGUCACCUAUCGGUGUGCCAGCGACAUCGAUUUUAAGCUCCUGGAUGAAGCACCCAGCGCGAAUGCAGGCCUUGACGAGGAACCUUCCACAGCGUUGCUGUUUGCAGCGCAGGUUGGAAGCAGUGAGGCGGUCCGGCUGCUGCUCUACGCGGGUGCCCAGGCCGCGCAAACGGUGCGGUGGUCGGUGCCCAUGGGGCACGGCCGUAUGGUGCUGCCAGCCCAAGCCGUACACUUGGCAUGCCUUCGAGGAGAUGUUGUGAUGGUAGAACAGCUGCUUUUCUUCGGAAUAAGCCCCGAGAUUUGCUGUGUUGGCAAAGUCUACUCAGCGGAUGAUUUCAGAGCAGAGAAAGAGCUGGAAGUUUGGUCGGACCUCACUCUGAUGCACCUGGCGGUAUUGAGUCAUGCCUAUGACUUGGUUGCAACUUUGGUUCAGAUGGACUGCCACCUGGAGACCUCUGCAAAAAGACAAGUGGGAGGUUCCACGCUGCAGGUCACGCCGCUGCACAUGGCAGUUCUCUUGGAAGAUGCAAAGGGCUGUUCGAGCCUUAUGGAUCAUGGUGCAGAGGUCAGCGAAACAAUCCGGGAGGCAGCCUUUGCGCGACGGUCUCUGCGAGAGAUGUUUGGCGGUUCCUCCCCCAUAAGCCUUGAGGACUGGGUGACCGCCAUCCUGCAGGGGCAGGAAGCAUUGCAAGAACUCCUGGAACAGCGGACAAACCUCGACAAGGCCUUCGAAUGGCCGCGCGACAUGGAGUCUUCCAGAGCUUUGUUGGAGGGCAAGACCUUGUCCUCACCAGAGCUCACGGAGAGAUUGCAGACCCUAAGCACCGGCCGCACCUACUUCGAGGGCUUGCGACCUGUGCAUUUGGCACUUCUGUUCGAUCAACCUUGGGCAUUGCAACGGCUAGUGGCAGCCGGAGCGGCCUUUGACAAAGUUGAAGGUGUUGUGCCUGUGCGAGAGAUUCUGGUGGAUCCUCCAGGUGAUCCACUGCUGCACGGAAUGGACUUGGAUGUUGUGAUGCUCUGUGUCCGCGCGGGCACAUUGGAGAUGCUUCAGUUUCUCUAUGAGCAGCAGCUCCUACCAGAUGUCAACAGCAAGCUGCCCUUGGUGCCAGACAUCACUCCACCAUUCUGGCCUUGGAAGGUGGAGGGUUUGGGUGAGGAGUUGCUUUGGGCAUGGCGCGGUUUGACGCCCUUGACCUUGGCUUUGCUCCAUGGGCGCGGCGACGUUGCUUUACUUCUGGUGAGGCUUGGCGCCGACCUGCUGUCGCAACUGGAUCACAUUGCCAUCGAGGCGCCCAAACACUAUUCGGUCACAGACAACUGCUUCCGAGGCUUGACUGCUCUGCAUCUCUGUGCUCUUCUGGAUCUCAAUGCCAUUGCUCAUGCACUUCUUCUCAGUGAAUGCAGUGGUGACGUGCCCUUCGUUUUUCCCAACGAAACACGGCCACCGCAGUUCAAGGAACUUCUGGGUGCGGUGUGUCAACAGCUCUGGGCCACCAUGGAAUCGGAUGGCAAUCCCGAGAAGGAACCCUGGCUCUGGCGUGACUUGACACCGUUGCAUUUGUCCCUGGUGGCAAAGAACUACGUCACUGCAGAUGUGCUGAUUGAGGCCUCCACACCUGAUACCUUGGAUAUCCUCUGCAGUCGGAAGGACGUGGAGAACGAUUCUGAGAUAUCGUACAGUGCAUUGCUGUUAGCCUUCGAACACCGCAGAAAGGACUUGCAUCGAAAGAUAGCUAAGAGGUCCUGCUAAUUGGAAGCCUGAGUCGCGACACUUGGGAAGCCAGAUGCGCCUCGAUGAUGACAUCAGCAAUUUGAGGAACAGCAUCACUUAGCUGACGCCCGGAAGUUCAUACAUAGCGUGCAGGUCAAAUUCUGGCUUGCCCUUGUCAAAAAGGCAAGGUACUCAGCUCAAAACAGAGAAAAUG